AUGGCUACGGGGAUGCCCUCCUCGUCCUCCUCUAGCAGCAAUGUGGUCGGUGUGCACUAUCGGGUAGGGAAGAAGAUUGGCGAGGGCAGUUUCGGCGUUAUUUUCGAAGGGACCAAUCUCCUCAACAACACGCAGGUCGCCAUCAAGUUUGAGCCUCGCAAGAGUGACGCUCCCCAGCUGCGUGAUGAGUAUAGGACGUACAAGGUCCUUGUUGGGUGUCCUGGGAUCCCUAAUGUCUAUUACUUCGGGCAAGAAGGCCUCCACAAUAUCUUGGUUAUCGACUUGCUUGGGAACAGCCUCGAAGACCUCUUCGACCUCUGCGGCCGCCGCUUCAGCCUCAAGACAACAUGCAUGAUCGCCAAGCAGAUGCUCUCGCGCGUGCAGACCAUCCACGAGAAGAACCUCAUCUACCGCGACAUCAAGCCAGACAAUUUCCUCGCCGGCCGGCCGAACACAAAAGCACAAAACGUCAUCCAUGUCGUCGAUUUCGGCAUGGCCAAGCAAUACCGUGAUCCGAAGACGAAACAACACAUCCCAUAUCGUGAACGCAAGAGUCUGAGCGGCACAGCUCGAUACAUGUCCAUCAACACCCAUCUUGGUCGUGAACAGUCACGUCGAGACGAUCUCGAAGCUCUUGGCCAUGUGUUCAUGUACUUUCUGCGCGGCGGUCUACCAUGGCAGGGUCUCAAGGCGGCCACCAACAAGCAGAAGUAUGAGAAGAUCGGCGAGAAGAAACAAACCACCACCCUCCGAGACCUUUGCGAAGGCUUCCCGGAGGAACUCAUCAAAUACCUUUCCUACGUCCGCAACUUAGGCUUCGAAGACACGCCAGACUACGAUAUGCUUCGAGACCUCUUCACCCGCAUGAUCCAGAACGCCGGCGAGAUCGAAGAUGGCGAGUACGACUGGAUGAAGCUCAACAACGGCCGUGGCCUAGAAGCCGCUCGCCCAUCGCACUCGCACGGCGCCCAUCGUGAAGCCGCCAACGCAUCCGCCGCCGAUCUAAGAGGGGCCGCCGCACCCCAGAGAACCUCCCGUACGCCCGUCCCACAAGAUCGCCUCAACGCAGACCUCCCCAGGCCCGGCGCUGCACGCCAAGGCCAAAACAGAGCCUCCGCACAGCAACAAAGGCGUAGUACGGCUAUGGAUAACACUAGCACGGCCCCCCAGUACAGUACACCGAACUUGAACACAUCCCCAGCCGCUCCACGCCCAGCCGAACAGCCGGCGGACGCCGCGAGACAUCAGCCAGCGGUUGCCCCGGCCGAGAACAAGCCGUCGAUGGGAAACAAGAUACUGAAGUUGCUUUGUUGUGGAUAG